AUGAAAGGACAACAAGCAUUACAACAUACAUUACUUGUUAAAGUAUUAGUAGAUAAUGGAGAUAAUCUAAGAGAAACUGUUGAAAAGCCGUCAACACCCUGUUCACAAUAUGACCUAAGUCAACUUUGGCAAUUGAGAAGACCGACAGGUUAUUUGCUUAAUGGAAGCUGGAACUUCAGAAAUUGUGUUGGUAUUCAACAAAAGAAAUACAACAAGUGCUUAAUGGACAAGCGAUUGUACAUGAUUGGCGAUUCUACUAUAAGAUAUUGGUUUUCCAGUAUUGUUAAGCGUUUUGAAUGUUCUCUUACAACAGAAAAGUGGCAAACCAAAUAUUGGCAUAAAAUGACAGAGUGUUAUAACAAGAAACUUAAUUUCAAAGCAGGGUGGUACCCGCAUGCGCAGCCAUUUUAUGUUGGUGGCAGUUGGGAAAAUAUUCGUUACACGUCAUAUUCAACGUCUCGGCUUAUAGACAAUAUACCCAAAAACGAACGUGCAAUAAUAGUUAUUCAUUUAUUUGUGCAUUUUAUAGCAUUUCAUCAUAGUGUGUUUAAGCAAAGAAUGGUUAUUAUACGUCUUAGUAUUGAAAGAUUGUUUCUCAGGAAUAAAAAUGCAAUUGUUAUGAUAAAAGGUCCUCAUACGUUUACCCAAUCCUCAGCUAAUGUUGUCAGACUUUGUGAUUAUUUUGGGUUUUUAUAUAGCAAAAUAAUGUAUGAAGUAUUUGACGGGUUAUUUGACCGAAUAGUUUUACUGAACAACAAAGACAUAACUAUUGCGAUGCAUAAUAAAUACAUUCAUCCGCGAGAAGAUAUUGUGAAUUACAUGGUAGACCAAAUGUUAAAUUUUGCUUGUGUUAAUGAGGUGGACUGGUAAUCGUCAGAAUAGAUAUAUGGGGGAAAUGCUCGAUAAUUGUAUGAUAUAAUGAAAUAUACAGAAGAUAAUAAUAUACCAGAUUAAACAGUGAUGAUAAAUUUUGAAAAAGCUUAAAUUAAUACUUUUACAUCUAUUGAGAAAUGUCUAUCAUAUUUUCAUUUUGGUCCAAGGUGAACAUGGAUAUGUUUGUUUCUGAACAAAAAAGAAGCUUCUCCUGUGUUUAAGCGAAGAUAGAGUUUUAUUCAAAACAAUCAAAAUGUC